AAUGGUCAUUUGGGGUGUGCUUGUUCCUGGUGGGGGCUCUCCCCCCAGGAAGGAAGAGGCUGGGAGAAGGAAGUUGGUGUGGAUGACUACAGCUCAGAGUCUGAUGUGAUUAUUAUACCUUCAGCCCUGGACUUUGUCUCACAAGAUGAAAUGUUGACGCCACUGGGGAGAUUGGACAAGUAUGCUGCAAGUGAGAACAUAUUUAACAGACAAAUGGUGGCCCGGAGUUUGCUGGACACGUUGAGGGAAGUCUGCGAUGAUGAAAGAGAUUGCAUUGCUGUUUUGGAAAGAAUUAGCAGAUUAGCUGACGAUUCAGAACCAACCGUGAGAGCAGAGCUGAUGGAACAGGUGCCUCAUAUUGCAUUGUUUUGUCAAGAAAACCGGCCUUCAAUCCCAUAUGCUUUUUCCAAAUACUUACUACCUAUUGUGGUUAGAUAUCUCGCAGAUCAGAAUAAUCAGGUAAGAAAAACAAGUCAGGCAGCUUUGCUGGCUCUGCUGGAGCAGGAGUUAAUUGAACGAUUUGAUGUGGAGACCAAAGUGUGCCCUGUCCUCAUAGAGCUAACUGCCCCAGAUAGCAACGAUGAUGUGAAAACAGAAGCUGUGGCUAUAAUGUGCAAAAUGGCUCCCAUGGUUGGGAAGGACAUUACAGAGCGUCUUAUCCUCCCUAGGUUUUGUGAGAUGUGCUGUGAUUGCAGAAUGUUUCAUGUUCGAAAGGUGUGUGCUGCCAAUUUUGGAGAUAUUUGCAGUGUAGUUGGCCAGCAAGCUACUGAGGAGAUGUUGCUGCCCAGGUUUUUCCAGCUUUGUUCUGAUAACGUGUGGGGAGUCCGGAAGGCUUGUGCUGAAUGCUUCAUGGCCGUUUCCUGUGCGACAUGUCAAGAAAUCCGACGGACUAAAUUGUCAGCACUGUUUAUUAAUUUGAUCAGUGAUCCUUCACGUUGGGUUCGCCAAGCGGCUUUUCAGUCUCUGGGACCUUUCAUAUCUACUUUUGCUAAUCCAUCUAGCUCAGGCCAGUAUUUUAAAGAAGAAAGCAAAAGCUCAGAAGAUACGUCAGUAGAAGACAAAAAUAGGAUCAGAGAUCAAGAAGUCCCAGAGGAUGUACAGAUCAGGCCAGAGGAUGUUUCUUCAGAUCCCAGUAUUAGUAAUUCCAGUGUCAGACUGGAAAACAUGGUGGAAGAUCAUGCUGAAACAUCUAGGAAAUCUCCAGGUGAAAUAAGUGUCCCAGUGGACAGCUCUUUACUUUGUACUUUGUCCUCAGAAUCUCAUCAGGAAGCAGCUAGUAAUGAGAAUGAUAAAAAGCCUGCUAACUGCAAAUCUGCCUUACGGCCAGAAGGUGGCGCCAGUUCACCAGAUUCAGCUCUCUUAGAUCAGGAAUUGUACAACUCCUUCCAUUUCUGGAGGACUCCUCUUCCUGAAAUAGAUCUAGAUAUAGAGCUUGAGCAGGGCUCUGGGAAUACUCUCAGCCCAGAGAGACCAGAAGAAACCUCUGAAGUCACCGUACCAGGUUCUUCAAAUAUCACUAUGGCCACCAGAAAGGAACUUGAAGAAAUGAUAGAAAAUCUAGAGCCGCACAUUGAUGAUCCAGAUGUUAAAGGUACGGAAGAGUCUAUCAAGUUCUUUACUCUAAAGCUGAUAUAUUAUUUGCUGACUCUUUUCCCAGAAAAAUUUGAGAUUCGUGGAAAGGACCUACCAAGUACUCUGACUACUGACACUGCUGCCAAGUUAGAAGGUGUGGAUUUCGCAGGAAGAUGGCUCCACCUGCCAUCUAGUCCUGUGUAA